GGUUCAUGAAUCAGUUCGCCAUGUUCUCUGCAGCUCCAAGCAGGGCCUUGAGGUCCAAAUGGUCUGCGAUUCCAAUUCCUCCCUUCUGCACCAAAACCCACAUGGAUUCCUCCUCCUCGCCCGGAACCAGAACCCCCCAUGCCUACGCAUUCUCGACUUCCUCCUCUUCACCCUCUCCUCCCAGAGGCGCCGCUGCCGUCGUCGUCAGCCUCCAAGAGUGGCAGGCUUGGGGCACCACCUCGCCGGUACCCGCUAUGGUUGCCGAGAUCGUAGAGGAAUUGAAGGAUCUGGAGAGAGAUAUUGAUGCCCAGAUGAGUUUUGGGGGCAUUGGUGGGAAACUGCAGGGCGACUUCAAGGUCCACGAGGAUAAAAAACACAGAGCAAAAUAUCAGACUUUAGGUGAUUCUGAAAAGAAGCUCCAAUUCUUUGCAGCUCGACAAAUAGCAUGUCGCUUGCUGGGUAGUAGGGGCUACCUCUGUCAGAAGUGUUGGCUUCCUUUGGAAGAUUGCAUGUGCUCAAAAGUCAUACCUUGCUCUCUCUGGCAUGGCAUGCGGUUCUGGUUGUAUAUGCAUCCAAAGGAUUUUCUACGCCAGAACAACACGGGAAAGUUGUUAUGGCAAGUAUUUGGUGUUCAAGCUGCAACUUUGUGCCUCUUUGGCAUUCCUGAACAUGAAGAAAUCAUGUGGAAUGCACUUAAGACUGCAGGGAAAAACAAUGUUUGGUGCCUUUACCCAAAUAAGAAUGCACCGACAAAGUUAGUUCAAAAUAUCUUUAGUCAAGAUAGAUCAACAGGUUCAGAAUGCGAGAAGAACUUGACAAAUGGAGAGAGGAUCCUGAACUAUGUGUUGCUUGAUGGUACCUGGAAUAACUCUGCUGCAAUGUUCAGACGUUUGCAGCAGGAUCAAGCAAAGGAAGUUUGGGGAGAUGACCUUUCAUGCAUCUCUCUUUCCACUGGUGCAUCCGCAAUGCAUAAACUUAGGCCCCAACCAUCAUGGGAUCGAACAUGUACUGCAGCAGCCGCAGCUGGACUCCUCAAUGAGCUGCAACUUCUCCCGGAUUUCAUCUCAUUUGGGUUCGAUAAACAGGCUGAUGCAGUGGAGGAGGCUUUAGCAGUUCUCUUAGAUGCACUUACUGGGAGAAGACGUCGGAUGGGCAGGUCCAUCACCCGCAGAGGAAGGCAUAAUAGUGACAUCUGUUAACAGGCCACCAGGAACCGGCAAAAUGGUGGAAAUUAUUCUGAUUUCUCGCAGCAUCAAGGCUUGCGCCUCUCCUUCCAGCUAAACAUACUAAUGCGUGCGUGCUUGCUGAUAGCAAGUAGGUUAGAUCUGACAUCCAUGCUCGAUAUUGCAUCUAGUCGAAGAAGCACAGGAAGCGGAAAGGGUCGGUAAACAUUAUUGAUUUCAUGUUCAUUUUUUACAUUCUACAAUGAUACACACACAUUCAGUCCGAGUCCCCUUUAGUAGCGGAGCCUGAGAGGCAGGGGACGAACAGGAACUUGUUGCUUUUGUAAUCUGUUUACUUGGUAGGUCCUAGUUCUUCUUCAUUUAGGAACUUAAAUCUUGCUAGAAUUAUACACACAAGUGUUUUAUGUCGAAGCGAAUGCAUUUUUGUCAGGAUAUUGUGUUAAUGGCGUAUAGAGGAUACAGAAUUUGACAAGAAAUCCCAAUAGAAUUUCUAUGGUUUUGGAUCUUCCAAUUAAGCUCAACAGGUAGAUGAACGAAUGCCUUUAUUGAGCAGCAAAGGAAGUUUCUGCUUGUCAGAGAGAAGCCAUAGUUAAAUGUGAGCUACUAGUAGUCUUUUUAACUUCU